AUGGCUGAAGACGAUCCCUCCACGCUGACGGACGGAGGCAAUGGCCGAAUCCAUUCGCCGGGGGGAACUCCAAAGCCCAGCCACGAAGAGAAAGAAGGCACCGAUGGGGCCGCGAAUGGAUAUACCAAUGAUCCCGACAAGGCGGAACUCAAGGAAUUCGAAUGCUACGAUAAACUUGGCUACAGUUUCCCGGAAUGGAAGAAAUGGGCCAUUAUAUCGGUCAUCUUCGCCGUCCAAGUAUCCAUGAAUUGGAAUGCCAGCUUUUACGCCAGCAGCAUCUCUCUCUAUGCGAAGCACUUUAAAAUCUCGGAACAGGCAGCUCGCGUGGGCCAGAUGAGCUUCCUCAUCGCCUAUGCAUUCGGCUGCGAGUUCUGGGCUCCGUUCAGUGAGGAGUUUGGCCGAUGGCCCGUCAUGCAGCUCAGUCUGUUUCUGGUCAACAUUUGGCAGAUUCCCUGCGCCCUGGCACCCAACUUUGGAACCAUCGUGGUCUGUCGCAUCUUGGGCGGACUGUCCUCUGCCGGAGGCUCGGUGACACUGGGAAUGGUUGCCGAUAUGUGGGAACCGGCGGAUCAACAGUGGGCUGUCGCCUACAUCGUGCUGUCCUCGGUGACCGGCUCCGUCAUAGCCCCGAUCGUUGGAGGUUUUGUCGCGACGUUCCUCAGCUGGCACUGGAAUUUUUGGAUCCAGCUCAUUCUCGGGGGUUUCGUGCAGUUACUUCAUCUGCCGGUCCCGGAAACUCGAUGCAGUGUUCUCAUCACUAGAGAGGCUCGUAAGAGACGCAAGAACGGGGAUAUGGUUUGGAGCGGUGAUGAGCUCAAGGGCACACGCAUGACCUUUCCAUAUCUCUUCAUGGUCUGGAUACGCCCGUUCAUUAUGUUCGUUCGGGAGCCCAUCGUCCUGUGUCUGGCUCUCCUGAGUGGUUUCAGUGACGCCUUGAUCUUCACCUUCCUGCAGUCGUAUACACCGGUAUACAAGCAGUGGAAAUUCAGCACCAUCGAUACCGGGCUUGCCUUCAUCCCGAUCCUCGUGGGCUAUUUCCUUGCCUACUUUUCAUUCAUGCCUUGGAUCCAUCGCCACUGUAGAGUUCGCGAACGGGAUCCAGAUGCCUUACAGCCGGAGGCUCGUCUUUACUGGCUGCUAUGGGUGGCACCACUUCUAUCAAUCGGACUGUUUGGCUUUGCCUGGACCAGCUUGGGUCCGCCGCAGGUGCAUUGGAUUGCUCCGAUGAUAUUUUCCGCCUUGAUCGCCAUAGCUAACUUCUCAAUCUACAUGGCCACGAUUGACUACAUGAUCGCUGCGUACGGGCCAUACGCAGCCUCGGCAACGGGCGGGAAUGGCUUCGCACGCGACUUCCUCGCCGGUGUUGCUGCAAUGUACUCCAUUCCUAUGUACGAACACAUGGGAACCAAGUACAAACUGGAGUGGCCCUCUACCUUUCUCGGAUUCAUGGCCAUUUUAUUCACCAUCCCCAUCUACGUCUUCUACUGGUAUGGCCCUACUAUUCGCGACAGGUCCCCAUUCGCGCAAGUGCUGGCUGCGGACAGGAAGGCCGCCGGACGCAGGGUAUCACAAUGCGGGUCUGGCGACGCGGAUCCUGUGCAGCGCUACCUGUCCGGCUCUUCAGCAUGA